UCUGUUCUUAACAAGAAACACGGCAAUGCUAAGUCUAGCUGAUUCGGAUUCAGGUGCUUCACCUCCUGUCAUCUUGACAGGUAAAAGCAAAUAAAUGUAAUGCCGACUUUCCAACUAAUUUCCUUGUAGCGCGUUUCUUCUUCGUUGUUGUUUUCCGGGUUAUUUCGUCUUCGUUUUUCUCAGUUUCAUCAAUGCCUCGCGACCAUCACUGUUCCAGCGUGUUGUGGCCGUCAAACGUGACAAAGUGUGGACUGUUGCUCCACCUCGGGCGAGAGAGAGUGCGCAGCAUUGCCGUUAUUUUGUGACUGUUCAUCGUUGUAUCCGGGUUUUCGUCAUGGACUGGAACGGACUGCUAAAGAAUCUGGUUAAUCCCAACGUGCGUUGCUUCUACGCUGCAGUGCAUAGCGUACAGACCGGCAAGUGCCUUGACUACUUGCCUUUUGCUAUUUAUCCAGGCGCUUCUGGGGAAGAGGUGAGGGACCUGGCUAAGUGCCACCGCGAGCCCUUACUGCUGUACGGCCACGGUGCAACCAUUGCGAAACUAAGGUACACCUUCCUCAAGAUGGAAGGUCCACAUAUUAUCCUGCUGCGAAGACCGGACGUCAAAUGCGCCGUUGGGUUUGCUAACACAGUGGUCGUCAUUGCUGUGUACCCGGUGAACGCCCCAUCGCAGCCCAUCGUGCUCACGCUGCAAGAGAUGUGUGAUCAACUGAUACGGCAGUGCUACUAGCCGGCUGCGUUCCCUCGAAACGAAUUAGAGGCAAUAAAUAAUUUUGUGAAAAAACUG